AUGGAUCAAGGAACCGGAGUCAUGCAACAGCGGCGAUACUAUUUCAACAAAUCCACGAAACAGUGCGAGCAGUUCUACUACCGCGGUGCUAACGGAAACCGAAAUAAUUUCGGCAGCCUACAGCAGUGCCAGCAGCAGUGUCCAGUCUUCAAAGGAAUCCUAUGUGUCGUUGUUUUUACAGAGACCCCCAGUCCAUGCGCAUACGGUAGCAGCUUCCCUCAAACUCCCUGUCAUGGCAGUAACGUAAUGAACGACCCAUGUGGAUCCAGUCAGUUUUGUCACAUUGGUCAGUCUCCACCAACCACUGUCUGCUGUAAUCGAUCACCAUUUGGUGAUCGCUGCAGCCAAGCACUGAACACGGGAAUUGGUAAUGCAAACUUGCAGCGAUGGUAUUUCAACGUCAAUUCAGAGCAGUGCGAACCAUUCAUAUACAGAGGAUUGCAAGGCAACGAAAAUAAUUUUUUGAAUCAGCAAGACUGCGAAUCCGCUUGCUUUGUGAAUCCGUGUGCCGUUGGAACACCGUACCGGAAGCAAGGCGCUGUUGUGCAGUGUUCACCAGGAGUAUCAUCAGCAUGUCCAACCGGAUAUUCGUGC